AUGACUGUUUCAAGGCUGCCUAAGCUCAAGUUCAAGAAGAACAUAGUGAGCUCUCCUGGUGAAUCCAUCUCUACAUUAUCAACUGAACUAUCUAAAAUUGAUCAAGAUAAAUUUGAUGUUAAAUCAUUAGAUAAGAUUAAGAAUGAUUUGAUAAAUAAGAAAUUAAUAAAUCAUAAAGAUUCUGGUGUUCAAUCAUUAGUUGCUUGUUGUAUAUCAGAUAUACUUAGAAUUUAUGCACCAGAUGCUCCUUAUACAGAUGGUGAAUUAACUUCAAUUUUCAAAUUAUUCAUUUCAAGUUUCAAAAGAUUAUCAGAUCAAAAUAAUGGGUUUUAUACUCAACAAGUUUAUUUAAUUACAAGAUUAGCUGAAGUUAGAAGUAUUAUAUUAAUUACAGAUAUUGAAGAUAAUACAAAAUUAAUUGAAGAACUUUUUGAACUCUUUUAUGAUACUUCCAAAACCUUCCAUAAAAAAUUAGAACCAAUCAUUUCAGAUAUCUUAAUUGAAAUUAUAUCAGAAUGGGAUCAAAUAUCUUCAAAAGUUUUAAAAUUGAUCUUGAAUAAAUUCUUAACAAAUACUAAAGAAGGUGAUUCUAUAACAUCAAACCUUUCAUCUUCUAGUUGUUCACCUUUCAACUUCACAUUGGCUAUAUGUGAUGCAAAUCCUGAUAGAUUAGCAAGACAAGUUACAAAAUUUUUUUCAGAAGUACUUUUCGAGAAUAAUGAAUCAGAAUCUGAUGAUUCAGAAAUUCAAUUUAAAAAUUUAAAAAAAUUACAUACAUUAUCAGUAGAAAUUUGGAAAUAUACACCAGAAGUUCUUGGUUCAGUUAUGGGUCUUAUUGAUAAUGAAUUAAAUGCUGAAAAUGUUAAAUACCGUAUCUUGGCAACUGAAACUAUUGGUAAAAUUUUAGCUUCAAAUUCAAGAUUAAAUUUUGUUCAAACUCAUAAAGAAACUUGGGCUAAUUGGUUGAAAAAAACUCUUGAUAUUUCUCCUCAAGUUAGAAAUAAAUGGGUCGAAGAAGGUUCCAAGGCAUUGGUUAAUAGAAAUGAUGUCUUGGUUGAAAUUUCAAAUGGAUUAGGUAAAACUUUGAUUGAUACUGAUGAACGUGUUAGAUUAGUUUCCACAAAAGCCAUUGCACAACUUCCAACUAAUGUUAUAACUAAAAGAAUCAAUAAUAAAACAAUAUUGAAUGGUUUAUUACAACUGGCUAGAGAAAAACAUCCAGAGAUUAGAGAAGAAGCUGUUAAUACAUUGGCUAAUUUAUUUAAUGAUUCAUAUAAUGAUAUUUAUUUUAAUGAAAUUUCUGAUAAUGAUGAAAUUUCCAAAAUUUUAAAACAAAUUCCUAAUCAUAUUUUAUCAUUAUUAUAUAUUAAUGAUAAAAAUAUUAAUUAUUUAGUUGAUUUGGUCCUUGUGGAGAAGAUCUUGCCAUUUGAAGAUGAUGAAUUGAAAAGAGUGGAGAGAAUUUUAAAUGUUUUCCAAAGUUUAGAUGAGAAAGGUAAAGCUUCAUUCUUAGCUUUUAAUAGAAGACAACAGCAAUUAUCUGGUGUACUAACUAAAUUUAUUGAAUUUUCAGAAGAAUCUAAUGGUGGAACAAAUGAUGAUGCUUCUUUACAAACCAAAAUUGAAAAGACUAUUAAUUGGUUAUCUGUUGCCUUACCUGAUAAAUAUGAUCCACAGGGUGCUUUAAACAGAUUUAUUAAGAUCAAUAAUAGAAGACUCUAUUAUUUGAUCAAACUUACCUUAUCUUCAUCUUCAGAUUAUGAAACAAUAAGAAAUUCAAGUAAAGAAUUAUUCAACAGAUUACAAGACUCUAAAAUUAUAAAUUCAGUUGAUGAUGAAACUUCAAUUUCAAUAACUGAUAUUUUUAAAACUUUUAAAAUUUUAAUAUAUCGUGCAAGUUUAAAUUUUUAUAAUAAAUCAAACAUUUCAUCACUAUUAAGAUUAAGUGAUAAUGCUCAAUAUGGUAAGAGUUCACAAGAAUUAAUCAAUAAUAUUUCAACAAUUACACCUGCUGCUUUUCAAAAUCAAGUUCAUGAUUUAGUUAAACUUAUCAAAGAAUCUACACCAUCCAACCAAGGGAAAAGUAAAGUUAAUACACUUCGAGCUUUAUUUCAUAUUUUCCACAAGAUGAGAGAUUAUUUAGAUGAUGAUGAUUCUAAAUUUUUUGAAAAAAUUGUUCAAUUUGCAAGUCAAGGAACUCCAUUAGAAGCAAAAUUCGCAGUUAAAAUAAUUUCAUUAUCCAAAAAUGAUGAUGCUUUAUCAUACCAACUAUUUGAAUUAAUUUAUCCAUUUGAUCCAGAAUCUGAAAAUUUUGUUAGUCAUCUUGCAGUUAUUUCACAAUUUUUCCUUACACAACAUAGUAUUGUUGAAGAGAAAGCUAAUGAAAUAACACCUUUCUUAAUUAAAAAUGUUCUUUUAACUAAUAGUGUUAUUGGCCAGGAAGAUGAUCCAGUUUGGAUAGAUGAUGAAGAUGUGGAAAAUGGUGAAGAAGGUUCAUUAACUUCAAAACUUUUAGCUUUGAAAAUUUUCACAAAUAGAUUGAGAUCAUUAUCAGAAAGUGAUGUUGAUUCAGAUGAAACUAUAAAAUCAAUUGCUGAACAUGUUUUAAAACUUUUAGUAUCAUUAAUCGGUAAUGGUGGUGAAAUUGUUAGUCGUAAGUCUGGUACUUAUCCAACUCCAAGACAUUAUCAAACAAGAUUAAGAUUAGAAGCUGGGUUAAAUCUAUUGAAAUUGGCCAAGAUACCAAGAUAUAAUAAAUUGAUUAAACCUACAACCUUGAAUAGAUUAAUUCUUUUGAUUCAAGAUGAAGAUGAACACGUCCGCUCUAUAUUCAUUCAUAAAUUAAUUUCAUUAUUAAAAUCAGAAGUUAUUUCAUUAAAAUUUUUACCAUUAGUUUACUUCAUUGCUUUUGAACCAAAUGAAUCAUUGAAAAAUGAAAUCAAAACAUGGAUUAAAUUUUCAUUUACCAAAAAGACAACACAAAAUUCAAAUUCACCAAAAAAUAUUGUUUUUGAAAAAAGUUUAACUGGGUUAUUACAUUCAAUUGCACAUCAUCCAGAAUUUCUAGAAUAUAUUAAAGAUGAAGAAUUAGAUGAAGAAGAGCGCAAUUUAAAAGCUUUCACAUUUGCUUUAGAAUAUAUUGUUUUAUUCCUUGAGACCGUUGCUACAGAGAAUAACAUUUCUUUAUUAUAUUAUUUUGCAACAAGAUUAAAACAAUAUAGAGAUGCAUUAUUUACAGAUAAAGAUUUCCAAGAACAAAAUAACUCAAUUUUUAACAUUUAUAGAAUUUCAGAAUUAGCACAAAUUACCAUAAAAGAAUUACAAAUUCAUAAAAAUUGGAAUUUAAAUACUUAUCCUGGUAAGAUUGAUUUAUCAUCUGAAUUAUUUACAUCAACUAAAACUUCAGAAGAAGGUCAAGAAAUUGUACGUACAAGUUAUAUACCAGAAGUUGUCCUAAAAAAUUUGAAAAUCAAAAUUAAACAAAAAAUAUCUUCAAUUCACUUAGUUAAAAGACUUCGUCAACAAGUUCAUGAUACUGAAGAUGGUGAAACUAUUCCAAAACCGAAAAGGGUCAAGUCUGUUUCAAAACCUAAAAAACCAAAGAAAUCAAAUAAACCAUCAAAGUCAAAAGAAAUUGUGGAACCUGUUAGAAAAAGUACAAGAGCUAAACGUGUUAGUUAUGCAAAUCAAGAAAUUGAUGAUGAUGAAGAUGAAGAAAUGGAAGAAGAUGAAGAGGAAGAGGAAGAAUCUGGUGAUUAUUCUGAUUUUUAA